CUCGGUUCCUCCAAUCAGCUCCGGGCUGAGGGCGGCGCGUGCGGCCGGGCUGUGAAUGGGAAGCGGCGGCGGCGGCGGCGGCGGGCACCUGAAACCUGGAAACUACCAUGAUCAGUGAAAAUCUAAUGGGAAUAUAGUUUUCGUCCUCUUUGCGGUAUAUGAAAGGUACUCUCUGGCUUGCCGUCUUCAGUUGCUGGCUCGGUAGAAUGGAACAAUCUCGUGUUUGUUAUAGUGCUGCGAUGAAGGAUCCAGAUUUCUCGAAAUACUAGCCAGCGUCAGUAAACUUGCUCUGUCUCAGCCUGUGUUCAAGGCAUUGGAUGUGACAAGGCAGAGAAACAUGUGUUUCACAUUUCUGACUGGUUGUUUUGGUGCAAUCAAUACUUCUACAAGAUACAUUGAUUUAGAUGGCGAUUAUAAUACAGUCAUGCACACGGAGUAUUGCCUACGGGUUGCAUGCCGAGUGAGCACAAACCACCAGGUCCUUGCCUCUUAUGAACAAGAGAAGCCAGUAUCCCCUAAACUUCAGCGCUGGAGCAACAGGAAUACAAGUUCUCACUUAACCAAAGAAAGGCCAGUUUCACAGCGGGCUGGGAAGGAUGAUGGUGAAAACGUGCAUUCAGAUCUGAAGGCAGUCAGGGAGGAUAUAAUGAUUGGAAGAGAGGUCGGAGGAGAGAUGAUGGCACGAAGGAAUAGCUGGAGAAAACAAAUGAUAAAGUUUAACUUAUGUUUCUUUUUCUUCUGUCGCGGAUGGUGGGCGUUUCUCUUGCUUCAGCUCCACAUGUUUCAAGCAUUGGCACAAGAUGAUGUUGCACCAUAUUUCAAGACUGAACCAGGUUUACCCCAGAUUCAUCUGGAAGGGAAUCGCCUUGUACUCACUUGCCUUGCUGAAGGGAGUUGGCCAUUGGAAUUCAAGUGGAUAUGUAAUGACAAUGAGAUCACUACCUAUACCAGCGAAUAUAAGUACAUUAUUCCAUCUUUAGAGAGGACUGAUGCUGGGUUUUACCGAUGUGUGGUACGCAACAGGAUGGGAGCCCUCUUGCAAAGAAAAUCUGAAGUUCAAGUUGCAUAUAUGGGAAAUUUCAUAGAUGCAGACCAGAGAAAAGCUGUAUUUCAAGGACAUGCCGCAGUUCUAAACUUGCCUCACAUCAUAAGCUAUCCCAGACCACAGGUGACUUGGUUUAGAGAUGGGCACAAGAUUAUUCCAAGCAGCAGAAUAGCUAUAACCCUGGAGAAUCAGCUGGUGAUCUUGGCAACAACAGCAAGCGACAAGGGAGGUUACUACGUCCAGGCUGUUAAUGAAAAAAAUGGAGAAAAUAAGACAAGCCCAUUCACUUAUUUGAGCAUAGAAAGUGAUACUGAUACACCUGAUAUCAUGGCUCCUGUCAUUGUCAUUCCUCCAGGCAAUACAAGUGUAGUGGCAGGAACCAGUGAAGUCACAUUGGAAUGCAUAGCCAAUGCAAGACCUAUUGAAGAAUUGAGCAUGACUUGGAAGAGAAAUGGAGUAAAAAUUACUAAUGGACUCCACAGUUUGGGAAGACGGCUUACCAUCACCAACCCAACAUCCUCUGACAUUGGAAUGUACAUCUGUGAAGCCGAAUUAAGAGGAACUGAUUUUGAGCCAGCAAGAACAAAAGCCUUUCUUUCUAUCAUAGAGCCACCAUAUUUUACUGCUGAACCUGAGAAUAGAAUUCUAGCCCAAGUGGAAAAAACCGUGGACAUUUUGUGUCAAGCAAUGGGAGUUCCAGUCCCUAACCUUGAAUGGUAUAAAGACUCUGUCCCCAUCAGCAAGCUUCGGAAUUCUCGUUAUAAAUUGCUAGUGAGUGGAGGUCUACGGAUCCAGAAGCUUCAUCCCAAUGAUUCUGGUAUCUUUCAGUGCUUUGCAAGAAAUGAAGGUGGGGAAAUAGAGACACACACCUACCUGGAUGUAACCAAUAUUGCCCCAACAUUUACUCAGCGUCCCAUGGAUACCACUGUUACAGAUGGAAUGACAGCAGUGCUCACCUGUGAAGUUUCAGGAGCUCCAAAACCUGCUAUUACUUGGAGAAGAGGGAAACAGAUUUUGGCCAGUGGCUCUGUUCAGAUUCCUAGAUUUAUCCUUCUUGAGUCUGGAGGCCUGCAGAUAACCCCAGUCUUUCUCCAGGAUGCUGGCAACUAUACCUGCUAUGCAGUCAACUCUGAAGGAUCUCUAAAUGCAUUUGCCAUGCUGACUGUGUGGAAUCGUACUUUUAUUGUCUACCCUCCUGAGGAUCGAAUUGUUAUUAAGGGAACCACAGCCACUCUGCAUUGUGGAGCAAUUCAUGAUCCUAGAAUUCCUAUCAGAUAUGUUUGGAAAAAGGACAACAUCAUCAUAAAUCCAGCCACAAGUUCUAGAAUUGUGGUAGAAAAAGAUGGUUCCCUUCUCAUUAGUCAGACGUGGUCAGGUGACAUUGGUGACUACACCUGCGAGGUUAUUUCUGAUGGAGGGAAUGAUUCGAGAAUGGCUCGAUUGGAAGUGAUUGAACUGCCUCAUUCACCUCAAAACCUCCUGGCUAGCCUGAAUUCUUCCCACAGCCGCACUGUGAUGCUCUCCUGGGUUCGACCCUUUGAUGGAAACAGUCCUGUGCUUUAUUACAUUGUGGAGCUGUCUGAGAACAAUUCCCCGUGGAAGGUACAUUUAUCUAAUGUUGAUCCAGAGAUAACUAGUGUCUCUGUCAGUGGCCUCACUCCAGCACGUACCUACCAGUUCAGAGUGUGUGCUGUCAAUCAGGUGGGCAAGGGCCAACACAGUGCAGAAACAAGCAGACUGAUGUUACCUGAAGAACCUCCCAGUGCCCCCCCUAAAAAUAUAGUGGCCAGUGGGCGUACCAAUCAGUCUAUCAUGGUCCAGUGGCAGCCACCCCCUGAAACUGAACAUAAUGGUGUUCUUCAUGGCUACAUCCUCAGGUAUCGCUUGGCAGGCCUACCUGGCGAGUAUCAGCACAGGAACAUUACCAGCCCAGAGAUUAACUAUUGCUUGGUGAAAGACUUGAUCAUCUGGACCCAAUAUGAAAUUCAAGUGGCAGCUUAUAAUGGGGCUGGUCUGGGAACAUUCAGCAGAGCAGUUACAGAAUAUACAUUACAAGGAGUCCCCACAGCCCCCCCACAGAAUGUGCAAACAGAAGCUCUGAACUCCACCACUAUCCAGUUCCUGUGGAACCCUCCCCCUCAGCAGUUCAUCAAUGGUAUCAACCAGGGAUACAAGCUCCUAGCAUGGCCAGUGGAUGUUCCAGAGGCUCUGAUCACUGUCACCAUUGCUCCUGAUUUCCAUGGUAUCCACCAUGGGUAUAUAACUAACUUGAAGAAGUUUACUGCUUACUAUACAUCAGUUCUGUGCUUCACCACACCAGGGGAUGGCCCUCGGAGCCCACCUCAACUCAUCUGGACUCAUGAAGACAAGCCUGGAGCUGUGGGACACCUGAGUUUCACAGAGAUUCUGGACACGUCUCUCAAGGUCAGCUGGCAGGAACCUGUGGAGAAAAAUGGCAUUAUUAUAGGUUAUCAAAUUUCCUGGGAGGUAUACAGUAGAAAUGACUCUCGUCUUACACUUACUUUAAAUAAUACAACCCAUGAAUAUAAAAUUAAAGGAUUGUCAUCUCUCACCACCUAUACCAUUGAAGUGGCAGCUGUCACAGCAACAGGAAUUGGACUGGUGACCUCAUCCACAAUUUCUUCUGGAGUUCCACCAGAACUUCCUGGAGCCCCUUCCAAUUUGGUGAUUUCCAAUAUCAGUCCUCGAUCAGCAACACUUCAGUUCCGGCCUGGUUAUGAUGGGAAAACCUCUAUUUCCAGAUGGAUAGUGGAAGGACAGAUUGGUGCAAUAGGUGAUGAGGAGGAGUGGAGCCGUCUCUAUGAAGAAGAGAAUGAGCCUGAUGCCCAGAUGUUGGAGAUACCAAACCUCACUCCCUACACUCAUUACAGGUUUAGGAUGAGACAAGUGAACAUUGUUGGCCCUAGUCCUUUCAGUCCAUCAUCUCGUGUCAUCCAGACUUUGCAGGCCCCACCUGAUGUUGCACCAGCAAGUGUAACAGUUCGUACUGCAAGUGAGACCAGUCUUUGGCUCCGAUGGGUGCCACUACCUGAUUCACAGUACAAUGGCAACCCCGAAUCUGUGGGCUAUAGGAUCAGAUACUGGCGAACUGAUCUUCAGUCUUCAGUAAUGGUGCAAGUGAUCCAUGACAGACUGGAGAGGGAAUACACCAUUGAGGAACUGGAAGAAUGGACCGAAUAUGAACUACAGAUGCAGGCAUUCAAUGCCAUUGGGGCAGGGCCUUGGAGUGAAGUGGUGAGAGGUCGAACUCGUGAGUCUGUUCCAUCAGCUGCUCCUGAAAAUGUGACUGUUGAGGCCGUAAGCUCCACUCAGAUUUUAUUGACUUGGGCUUCUGUACCUGACCAAGACCAGAAUGGACUCAUACUGGGUUAUAAGAUUCUAUUCAAGGCCAAAAAUUUGGAGUCCGAACCCAAAACCCAUGUAGUGAGAGGGAACCACACACAGUCGGUUCUGCUGGCAGGCUUACGGAAGUACGUGCUCUAUGAGCUCCAGGUGCUGGCAUUCACACGCAUUGGAAAUGGAAUCCCAAGCUCUCCUCCCCUUUUAGAGAGAACGAAGGAUGAUGCUCCAGGUCCACCUGUGAGACUUGUGUUUCCUGAAGUGAGGCUGACCUCAGUGCGGAUUGUGUGGCAGCCACCAGAGGAACCGAAUGGGAUUAUUCUGGGGUAUCAGAUUGCAUAUCGUCUUGCAACCAGCAGUCCCAACAAGUUUACCACUGUUGAAGUUGGUUCUACUGUCAGGCAGUUCACUGCCACAGAUCUCACUCCGGAGUCAGCAUACAUCUUCAGGGCAUCAGCAAAGACAAGACAGGGAUGGGGGGAGCCUUUAGAAGCCACAGUCAUCACAACUGAAAAGAGAGAUCGCCCAGCACCGCCCCGACAUCUUUUGCUUCCCCAGUCAGAAGUGACCUCUCGGAGCCUACAGCUCCAGUGGGUCCCAGGCAGUGAUGGGUCAUCGCCGAUACGGUAUUUCACAGUACAGAUCCGAGAACUGCCGGGAGGAGAGUGGCAGACCUACUCCUCAUCCAUCAGCCACGAGGCCACAGCCUAUGUUAUUGAAAGGUUGAAUCCCUUCACCUCCUACAAGCUCCGCCUGAAAGCAACCAAUGAUAUUGGAGACAGUGACUUCAGUGCUGAGACAGAGGCAGUAACUACAUUGCAAGAUGUUCCUGGAGAACCUCCGAGUUGUGUUUCAGUGACUCCUCACACCACUUCUUCUGUCCUGGUCCAAUGGCAGCCACCAAGGGAUGAGAGUCUGAAUGGCCUUCUUGUAGGAUACCGAAUCUAUUAUCGGGAGCUGGAAUAUGAAGCUGGACCUGGAACAGAAUCCAAGACUGUCAAAAAUCCCUCAGCUCUUAGAGCAGAGCUCACACCCCAAAGCAGCUUCAAGACAGUGAACAGCAGCUCUGCAUUAACAACGUAUGAAUUAACACAUUUGAAGAAAUAUAAACGCUAUGAAGUGAUAAUGACUGCAUAUAAUAUCAUUGAGAGCCCAGCUAGCACUCCAGUGGAGUCUUUUGAUGGGGAGCAUGCACCAGCAAUGGCUCCACAGAACAUACAAGUGAACCCUCUCACAGCAAGUCAGCUGGAAGUCACAUGGGACCCACCUCCAGUGGAGAGUCAAAAUGGGAUCAUACAAGGAUACAAGAUUUAUUAUUGGGAGGCAGAUAGUCGGAAUGAAACAGAAAACAUGAAAGUCCUUUUUCUCCCAGAAACUAUGGUCAGGCUGAAAAACCUGACCAGUCACACCAAAUACCUGGUCAGCAUAUCUGCUUUCAAUGCAGCUGGAGAUGGGCCCAAGAGUGAACCCAGACAAGGGAGAACACAGCAAGCUGCACCUGGUGCUCCCAGUUUCUUGGCAUUCUCAGAAAUAACAUCUACUACUCUUAACAUUUCCUGGGGAGAGCCAAUGGCAGCAAAUGGUGUCCUGCAGGGUUAUCGAGUGGUUUAUGAGCCCUUAGCACCUGUCCAAGGUGUAAGCAAAGUGGUGACUGUGGACAUUAAAGGAAAUUGGCAGCGGUGGUUGAAGGUGAGGGAUCUCACCAAAGGAGUAACCUACUUCUUCCGAGUGCAGGCGCGCACCAUUGCCUAUGGACCUGGACUACAAGCCAACAUCACAGCUGGUCCAGCUGAGGGAUCUCCCGGUUCUCCUCGAGAUAUUUUGGUUACAAAGUCAACUUCUGAACUAACUCUCCAAUGGACAGAGGGAAAUUCUGGAGACAGACCUACAACAGGCUACAUCAUUGAGGCAAGGCCUUCAGAUGAAGGCCUAUGGGAUAUGUUUGUGAAGGAUAUCCCCCGAAGUGCUACAUCUUAUACCGUCAGCUUGGACAAGCUUCGCCAGGGAGUGACCUAUGAAUUCAGAGUGGUAGCAGUGAAUGAUUUUGGCUAUGGAGAGCCUAGCAGUCCCUCUGUAGCUGUCUCAGCCCAAUCAGAAACUCCGUUCUAUGAGGAAUGGUGGUUUCUUCUGGUGAUGGCCCUUUCAAGUCUGAUACUCAUCCUGCUCAUUGUAUUUGCCUUGGUCUUACAUGGACAGAAUAAGAAAUACAGGAACUGCAACACAGGAAAAAGCAUCUCCAAUAUGGAGGAAUCAGUUACGCUGGAUAAUGGAGGGUUUGCUGCCCUGGAGUUAAACAGCCGUCAUCUCAAUGUCAAGAGCACUUUCUCCAAGAAGAAUGGGACCAGAUCCCCUCCUCGACCAAGUCCUGGUGGUCUACAUUAUUCUGAUGAGGAUAUUUGCAACAAGUACAAUGGAGCAGUGCUAACUGAGAGCACCAAUCUGAAGGAGAAAUCUGUAGAUGCAUCUGAAUCUGAGGCCACAGACUCUGAUUAUGAGGAUGAACUGCCAAAGCAUUCCUUUGUUAACCACUACAUGAGCGACCCUACCUACUAUAACUCCUGGAAGCGCCAGACGAAGGGGGUAAAGCACCCUACUGCAUACAGAUAUGAAGAGUGUGCGGCCAGUGAGACAGAACCCUACUUCCAGACUGUCAUCACCACACAGAGUGCAGGGGGUGUGUACACCCCAACGGGACAACAGGCCCCAGGUUCUCGGACUCCGGUUACAGGUUUCUCUUCAUUUGUCUGACACUCUAAAGGCUACAGCACAGUGGGAACUCCCACCGACAUUGGGGUGACCCAGCACAACAUCUGGGUGGGUGGCUGGUGCAGUGAACUGUGGGUAAAUUUCUCUAUCAGGGUAGAAUGGAUGAGAACAUUAAUAAGUCUAUUUUUUUUUAAGACAAUCAACUCCGACAACAGAGCUGAAGUUUUGUUUAAAAACAAUUUCUGAUAAGUGACAACUUUAACCACUUGUGAAUAGUAGGAUUUCAGUUGGAAGAUUUUUGUUUUGUUUUUUUUAAAGCUUUUUGUAACACCACUGCAAGAAGCAGCUGCCUUUCCCUUUUCUUUUUCCUUUUCUUUUCUUUAUAAGAGAAGGCGUAUUUCAUUGGUGCAGUGGCUUGGCACCUUUGAGACUUCAAAAGAUUUCAAAACUUUCCAUUUCUUCAUCUUAAAGGCCAGGUAGGAAUGAUGAAGUUUGAAAAGAGGAUGGAGCUGUGUGUGAAAUAUUAGGAUGGACUCCUAGCCUACUACUUUCUCCUUUCUACCUCCUCUGUAGGAGAAGCUGGUUCACACAAUUCUCCAUGAUAUGACAGCCUUGGUUCACUCUUUGUAUUUUGAUAAUGAAUAUUCUCCCUGUGCUCCAUUCUGAUAUCGCCCCCAACCCCAAUCCAUUCCUAAAAUACUCUCACUUGGCAGUUUCUAGCAGAGAAAAUGUUUGAAGGUUCUGUUCCUGGCAUGAGAUAAUACAAAUAGAAAGUCAUUCUGAAGUGGUAUCCUUCCUGCCCUGUUGUGGAUCACUCCUCCCCUGCAAGGGCCAUCCCAGUGGUAAUUUAACAAACAAGCAAAUGUAGGCCAUGCAGUGGUACAGGAAGUGUGACCUGAGCUUGGUUGGCAACCACCCAGUCUUGGUAGCUUAUGAAACUGCUUCCAUCCCACAGAGUCAAAAGGCACACAGCCUUCUCCUCUAAACCAGGCAGAAAGACAACAUUUCCAGAAUGGCCUAGUACUUGAGAAGUAGGAUUCCGAGGUUUUUUUUUUUUAAACCAUUUUUUUUUAUAUGUCACACUAAACAAGUGAGUCAUUGGUGUUUCCAGGUGCCUUUUUCUUAAUUGUUCCACUUUGUACAUGGAAAAGCUAGUGUGUCUCCAAAUAAAGCAAAACAGCUUUUGAAAAAAGCAAGGUCGUGAAUUACCUCGUGCACAUUUUAAGGCUCCUUUGGUGCACUCCGGCUCCAAUCCUUGUUGUUGGGUUUUUCUUUUUUUUUCUUUUUUUUUUUUUAAGUAAGAGUUUGCUUUCCAUUUGUUUUCUUAUUCUCUGCCUUCUUGACCUCCGAAGCUGCUGUCAGUUCCUCAAAGAACCAAGGUCAGCCUUCAACCUAUUGAGUAUGGUUAUUGAGUUUGGGUUUUGGGGAUUUUUAAUGUGUGGUUCUAGUUGUUCCUCCCCAACCCCAGGGGAAACAUUCUGGAGCUACUAGGAAAAACUCCUAGUCUAGACUAGGAUCCUAUCAGAUUAUUUUUGCAAGAGGUGUCUGAAGACCACAGAACAAUCUGUUGGCUUAUUGGGUUCUAUCCUAGCCCUAGCCUGAAUGUUGUCAUUUUCUGCAGCUGACUCUGUGUGUGUGUGUGUGUGUGUAAGACCCUCCCUGGCCACUGGGCACCAGCAAGGUUAGAAUUGCCUGGGCUUCUGGAAACCCUAUAGAGAGAAGGACCAGGAAAUAGAACUAAGGUAACUCCUGUGGGUUGUCAGUGUCCCUUGAGGGCAGAUCCAGAACUGAUGAGAAAACUCUUAUUCACCAAUUACAUACCACUGCCCUGCCUUGAGGGUACACUGAAUAACUGGACAGUGUCUGGCACUACCAAGGAAAAGCUCUUCUAACCCCAUGUGAAAAACCAUGCACACCUGGAGCAGGAGAGACUACCUUCCUAUAUAAAGGUUUUGAUCCUCAGGGUUGGCCACCAGUUGCUGUAGAAAGUAUUGAUGGGGGAAGAGAAUGCUUGGGCUUGGUGGAGUCCUUCUUUAGUUCUUCAUAGUUGGGCAGAGAGAGGGGAGAGGGCAUAGUGUAGGGAAGGAAACACUUUUAAGUGAAAGUUUUGGAGGUUGGGAAGCAAAAGACUCUAAACUCUAAACCAAAAAUCUUAAAAGGUCCAUCCAAAGGCUUUUCAACAUGAGAUAACUACCCACAGUUCACUGUCCAGAAAAUUACUCAGAAGUCAUGAGCUCCAACGUCCUGGUUCCUUUCUGGCCCACUGGUGGCCACAAGACAACCACAAGACAAACCACAAGACAACUUGAAAUCCUUUUGAAGAUGAAUACAUAAAUAGAGAACGUGGACAAAACCACUGCCUUUUGUGCACUUUGACUGCUCUCUUAAGCCAUACGGACAUUGCUUUAAUUAAUGAACCAAGAAAAAAAAAAACAAGUUUGAAAUGUUUUAGUUUGGGGAUAAUUUCCUGGGAUUUUUUUUUUAAAUUUCAGUGAAAAUAAUAUAACAGGUUUUUUGGGGGGUUCAUGGUAUUUCUUGUAUCUUAUCUAUUUUUAGUAAACCUUUUUUUUUUUUUUUUUUGUAUAGAAUUGUUUGUACAAUGUAGCUGCCUUGGCGUUGUGAUCACUGUCAGGAUAUUACAGUCUGCACAUGACUCAACCACUUUGGGGGACCAUGGAUAAGAAACAGGUUUUAUGACCCAGAAGGGUCAGCAAUGCCCAAUGGGUAGAAUCAGCCCAAUUUAUGAAAGAAUUUCCUAGAGCAAUGUGAUCACUGGGAAGUGGCCACUCUCACCUGUAUUAGAAAAGCAGAAAAUGAUUAUUACCCAAGAGGGAUGGAUGGUGGGUUUAAUGCUUUACUCUAAAAGAAGAAAAGAAUUUUAUAGAUGAAGAUUGAGGAAAUGUUUCCUUCUCACAUUCUUCUGUAAUGCUAGAAAAUACCGUGUUUGUCAGUAGAAAUGAACUCUCCCCAAUAAAGACCUCAAAUGAGCUUAUUUUAGGGUUUGUUAACAUGCACUAGGAUGUAUCCUUUGUACGUGAAGAUUCGGCUACUCACCAUGAAGAGGACACAAACUCUUAGCUGUUUUUCUAGGAAUGGAGAUACCUAUGCACUCAGCCACCUGUAUUUUCUCACCUGGUUCCCCUUAUUUGAUGCAGGUUUGCCUGAUAGAUAGCUAGAAUUAGAAGCGUGAUCCAGGACCACAGACAAGUUUUGUCAGCACCAAGUUUCUUGGUGCCCUUAGAGAUUGAACAUGUGACCUUGGUUGCUAGCACUAAUUUCAAGCCAACUGAGCUAACUAAACCAAACAGUUACACCCCCUUCCUUCAGCUUAUCUGAUCUCCUUGUCUUUAAAAGGAAUCUUUUCAAUAUCAUAUCAAAAGAGCAUAUGAUGGCCGGUUAUCCAGGAGUCUAGUCCUUGUAACUAAUGAGUAAGAGAGGCCUGUAAAAGCACACAGCCCACUGUCAUGGAAGCAUUCACAUAGAUGCCACCAGAUAUGUGCGCUCACUUUGUAAACUUUUUUAAUGCUGUGCUUGUAUUUGGCUGUGAUCAGGCCAUAGCAUGGUUUUUGCAUCAAUGAUUUGUAGCAUGAUUUUCAUUUAUCUUUUUAAAAAAUCUUAGCACACAAUGUAGUUAUUCUCCCAACUCACUAUCCAUGUAUUUCAAUAUGGUUCUUCAUUAAGCAACACAUCAUCUCUGUAGUGUGAACUGGGUCAAAAGGUGGGAACAAUGUACAGCUUUUUAGCUGAGCUAGUCAGCCCCAAUGAUAUGUAGUUGACUUACUUUUCAUUCCUAGGCCUACCAUGUAUCUCCCAUCCUCUCCCAUUCAUGAAUAGCUGGAAAUUAAUCUGGAAAUUAAGAGAGAAAUUUAUAAAGGUUUCCCUGCAGUGUUCCCUGUGGUUGUGCAGAAAACCAGAUCUCAUUAAAAAAAAAACACACACAACACAAAUAAAACACUCCUUAAAACUAAUCUAUAGGAAGACAGAGAGGUGC